AUGGCAGAUGUUAAUUUCUCAAAGAUGAAAUUUGGGCGCACUCCUAUUUAUAUUCUGUUUUUCAUAUGCGUAAUUGGCAUUGUGGCAUUCUACUAUGGAUUCCCGGGUAUCAUUAGGAAGAUAUUAGUUUACUUCUGGGGUGCUCCAACUAAUUCACCAAAGCCGCCUACGUACUACUUAAAGAAGGCAUUUAAAGGCGAUGAUGAAACGGGCUCAGACAAGCCACAGUCAAGCAGUGUGCAUAAGAAUGAGAAAACAGACAAGAAAUCUUCUUCUUUUAAAUUCUAG